UCCCCGGCCGUCCGCGCCGCUCCCUGGAGCUCGGCGGAGCGCGGCAGCCAGGGCCGGCGGGGGCGCGAGAAGCCGGACGCCGCCGCCUGUGUCGCCGCCGGCGCCGCGGGGGCCAUGACCGUGGAGCAGAAUGUGCUGCAGCAGAGCGCGGCGCAGAAGCACCAGCAGACGUUUUUGAAUCAGCUGAGAGAAAUUACUGGGAUUAAUGAUGCCCAGAUACUACAGCAAGCCUUGAAGGAUAGUAAUGGAAACUUGGAACUAGCAGUGGCCUUCCUUACUGCGAAGAACGCCAAGACCCCUCAGCAGGAGGAGACAGCUUACUACCAAACAGCACUUCCUGGCAAUGAUAGAUACAUCAGUGUGGGAAGUCAAGCAGACACAAAUGUGAUUGAUCUCACUGGAGAUGAUAAAGAUGAUCUUCAGAGAGCAAUUGCCUUGAGUUUGGCGGAAUCAAACAGGGCAUUCAGGGAGACUGGAAUAACUGAUGAGGAGCAAGCCAUUAGCAGGGUUCUUGAAGCCAGCAUAGCAGAAAAUAAAGCAUGUUUGAAGAGGACACCUACUGAAGUUUGGAGGGAUUCUCGAAACCCUUAUGAUAGAAAAAGGCAGGACAGAGCUCCUGUUGGACUAAAGAAUGUUGGCAAUACUUGCUGGUUUAGUGCUGUUAUUCAGUCAUUAUUCAAUCUUUUGGAAUUUAGAAGAUUAGUUCUGAAUUAUAAGCCUCCAUCAAAUGCUCAAGAUUUACCCCGAAACCAAAAGGAGCAUCGGAAUUUGCCUUUUAUGCGUGAGCUUCGGUAUCUGUUUGCACUUCUUGUUGGUACUAAGAGGAAAUACGUUGAUCCAUCAAGAGCAGUUGAAAUUCUUAAGGACGCUUUCAAAUCAAAUGAUUCCCAGCAGCAAGACGUGAGCGAAUUUACACACAAAUUAUUAGAUUGGUUAGAAGAUGCCUUCCAAAUGAAAGCUGAAGAGGAGACGGAUGAAGAAAAGCCAAAGAACCCCAUGGUAGAGUUGUUCUAUGGAAGAUUCCUAGCUGUAGGAGUACUUGAAGGUAAAAAAUUUGAAAAUACUGAAAUGUUUGGUCAGUACCCACUUCAGGUCAAUGGAUUCAAAGAUCUACAUGAGUGCCUAGAAGCUGCUAUGAUUGAAGGAGAAAUUGAGUCUUUACAUUCAGAAAAUUCAGGAAAAUCUGGCCAAGAGCAUUGGUUUACUGAACUACCACCUGUGUUAACAUUUGAGUUGUCAAGAUUUGAAUUUAAUCAGGCAUUGGGAAGACCAGAAAAAAUUCACAACAAAUUAGAAUUUCCUCAAGUUUUAUAUCUAGACAGAUACAUGCAUAGAAACAGAGAAAUAACAAGAAUUAAGAGGGAAGAGAUCAAGAGACUAAAAGAUUACCUCACAGUAUUACAACAAAGACUAGAAAGAUAUUUAAGCUAUGGCUCGGGUCCCAAACGAUUCCCCUUGGUAGAUGUUCUACAGUACGCGUUGGAAUUUGCCUCCAGUAAACCUGUUUGCACUUCCCCUGUUGAUGAUCUUGAUGCUAGUUCCCCAUCUAGUGGUUCUGUACCAUCACAGACAUUGCCAAGCACAACAGACCAACAGGGAGCUCCUCCUUCAGAACUGCCAAGCACAUCGCCUGCAUCAGUAACCGCCGUUUCAUCGAGAUCAGUAGUACACAAGCCGUUCACUCAGUCUCGGAUACCUCCAGAUUUGCCCAUGCAUCCAGCACCAAGGCACAUAACAGAAGAAGAACUCUCUGUGCUAGAAAGCUGUUUACAUCGCUGGAGGACAGAAAUAGAAAAUGACACCAGAGAUUUGCAGGAAAGCAUAUCCAGAAUUCAUCGUACAAUUGAACUAAUGUACUCUGACAAAUCUAUGAUCCAAGUUCCUUAUCGCUUACAUGCUGUUUUAGUUCAUGAAGGCCAAGCUAAUGCCGGGCACUACUGGGCAUACAUUUUUGAUCAUCGUGAAAACAGGUGGAUGAAGUACAAUGAUAUUGCUGUAACAAAAUCAUCAUGGGAAGAGCUAGUGAGGGACUCUUUUGGUGGUUAUAGAAAUGCCAGUGCAUACUGUUUAAUGUACAUAAAUGAUAAGCCACAAUUCUUAAUGCAAGAGGAGUUUAAUAAAGAAACUGGGCAGGCCCUUGUUGGAAUAGAAACACUACCACCGGAUUUAAGAGAUUUUGUUGAGGAGGACAACCUGCGAUUUGAGAAAGAAUUGGAAGAAUGGGAUGCACAAGUUGCCCAGAAAGCUUUGCAGGAAAAACUUUUAGCAACUCAGAAAUUGAGGGAGUCAGAGUCUUCUGUGACAACAGCACAAGCAGGAGAACCAGAAUAUCUAGAGCAGCCAUCAAGAAGUGAUUUCUCAAAGCACUUGAAAGAAGAAACUAUUCGAAUAAUUACCAAGGCAUCACAUGAGCACGAAGAUAAAAGUCCUGAAACAGUUUUGCAGUCGAAACCUGAGAAUACCACAAGCCAACCACCUUCUAACCAGCAAGUUGUAGAGGUGGCGAUUCCUCAUGUAGGGAAAUUUAUGAUUGAGUCAAAGGAGGGGGGUUAUGAUGACGAGAUGAUGAUGACACCGAACAUGCAAGGUAUUAUCAUGGCGAUAGGUAAAUCCAGGAAUGUAUAUGACAGGUGUGGCCCUGAAGCAGGGUUCUUUAAGGCAAUUAAGUUGGAAUAUUCAAGGUUGGUUAAAUUGGCCCAAGAAGAUACCCCACCAGAAACAGACUAUCGUUUACAUCAUGUAGUAGUCUACUUUAUCCAGAAUCAGGCACCAAAGAAAAUCAUUGAGAAAACAUUGCUAGAACAAUUUGGAGAUAGAAAUUUGAGUUUUGAUGAAAGGUGUCACAACAUAAUGAAAGUUGCUCAAGCCAAAAUUGAAAUGAUAAAACCAGAAGAAGUAAACUUGGAGGAAUAUGAGGAGUGGCAUCAGGAUUAUAGGAAAUUCAGGGAAACAACCAUGUAUCUCAUAAUUGGGCUAGAAAAUUUUCAAGGAGAAAGUUAUAUAGAUUCCUUGCUGUUCCUUAUCUGUGCAUAUCAGAAUAACAAAGAACUCUUGUCCAAAGGCCCAUACAGAGGACAUGAUGAAGAACUGAUAUCACAUUAUAGAAGAGAAUGUUUACUAAAAUUAAAUGAGCAAGCUGCAGAACUGUUUGAAUCUGGAGAGGAUCGAGAAGUAAACAAUGGUCUGAUUAUCAUGAAUGAGUUUAUCGUUCCAUUUUUGCCCUUGUUAUUGGUGGAUGAAAUGGAAGAGAAAGAUAUACUUGCCGUGGAAGAUAUGAGAAAUCGAUGGUGUUCCUAUCUUGGACAAGAAAUGGAAUCAAACCUUCAAGAGAAGCUGACAGAUUUUCUGCCAAAACUGCUUGAUUGUUCUACAGAGAUUAAAGGUUUCCAUGAACCACCGAAGUUACCUUCAUACUCCACGCAUGAACUCUGUGAGCGAUUUGCCCGAAUCAUGUUGUCCCUCAGUCGAACUCCUGCUGAUGGAAGAUAAACUGCACACGCUUUCCAUAAACACACUGUAUAAACUUUUUUUAGUUCUUAACCCUUGCCUUCCUGUCACAGGGUUUGCUUGUUGCUGCUAUAGUUUUUAACUUUUUUUUAUUUUAAUAGCUGCAAAAGACAAAAUGACUAUACAGACUUUAGCCAGACUGCAAACAAUAAAGCUGAGAAUCGCAUGGCGCUCAGACUUUGUUUUAACCAGAACUGAUGUAUAAUUACAAAUCUGAUUGAUUUUAUUAUGGCAAAACCAUGCUUUUGCCAGCUUUCUGUUACAGUAUUACUUUGCUUUUAUCUUUUCUUAAUCUGUAGCUUUCCAUUCAGUCUGGAUCCUCCAUGACUACAGCCAUUUAAGUGUUCAGCACUGUGUAUAAUAUAUAAUAUUUGGUAGCUUGUAAAUGAAAUUAAAGAAUAAAGUUUUAUUUAUGGCUACCUAUGUGUUUGUAAGCAGGUAUAUUAUAUAUUAGUGUAUUAUUUUAGUAAUAUAAUAUAUAAAUGAUUUUGUUUGGGGAUUGUUUUAAGAUUGGGUGAUAAAUAGAUUAAUACAAACUUGUAAUUUUGCUCUAAUGUUAGCACAUUGGAAAUUUACUAUUUGACACUUAACUAUAUCUAUAUUUUUGACUAAGUUGUUAAACUUAGUAUGGCACCUAAACCUGUUUUGAAUUCAAAUCAGGUUUUCACUGAAGUGAGCGGCUGAUAUUUAAGUCAACCACACUGAAACUUUUAACCUUUUCUUAGGUUAACCUUUAAUUUUUUUUAUGUAUUUACAAAUAAUAUAGCAAGGUGAUUAUUUCAAGAGAUACCAGAAAAACGUACUUGAAUAAGGGCUAUGUAAUAGUGAAACUUAUAAGAAAUAUGUAUGUGGAUAUACAUAGAUACAUUAACCCGUACACCACACACAUACUCUUCAUAAUGGAGGACAGUGUUUCCCAUUAUAAAAUCAUUCUAUUUUUGUAAAUUGUGUUCUAUUAUAGUUGAAAAUGUUCUCUACUAAUCAACGCUGUGAAAUGAAGUUGAUAUUGUUGAACUAGAAGUUAUGAGUGUCUUACCUGCAUUUAUUUACCUCCUUUUCAAAAAGGAAAAAGCUGUAGAAUGUUUUGUAGAUGGAACCGCUCUUUAAGAUUAAUGAAGUAAUAUUGUGAAUGAAAAUCAAUGCUUUUUAAAGGUAAUUAUGUUACCAAUGACCUAUUUUUGAAUUUAUAAAAAUUUCUUUACAAAUGAUACUUUGUUAGCCUAGUAAAAUAUAUCAUUAUACUCUGUGUAUGUUUGUUAGAGUGUCGCCAAAACUAAUGCUCCUUAUAAGUGCCUCUCAUGAAAAGUCCUGGAUGGAAGAAGAAUAAGAAAAUAUUAAGCUAUUACAUAAUACUUCUUGUAAAGGUAUCAAUGUACUGCUAAGAUAUUAAAUUAAUGACAAAGAAUUGAUACUAUUUCUGCUGUAAAAUUAGGUUUUGCAUGUUAUAGCUCUCAAAGUGUGUUUUGAUUUAGAUUUUAAAUUCUCUACUCAGCAGAAUUAGUGUUGUGCAUUGGUUUUCAAGUCCUGUUGAAAGUUUAGAAACUUCCUAUGUAUCAUCAAAGCAUUUAUAAAGUAUCUUCCGUAUUUUAUGAUAUUCUGCCGUAACAGUGACGUUGUUUGCGUUUAUGUGUAUAAUUGACCACUGAAAAACAAACUUCUCAAACACCACAUGGAAUUUACUCCUUUUACAAGGCACAUCCAGGUGAGUAUUACUGUAUUUACUCUACUUAAAAGCCAAGCUUCUUCAUCCUAGUUAUGAAUCUGACUUUCUUUUUUAAAGAAAUGACCUUUUUCAAAACUUGAGGAAAUAACUUAUUUUUGUAUCAGUUUUUAAUCUAAUCUUAAGAUUUAGAUCAGUGAAAUUUCUUACAUUAUUUACUAUAUUAAAUAUAACAUAGCUGGUAACUUGAAAGUUGAAACCUCAGUAGAACUGUUGUCCAUGCCAUAUUUCACUUUGAUUUAAAUGACUCUUUUUGAUUACUAUAGUUCUCCUUUCCCAGUCCCCACAAAUUACAUUUUGAAAUAAUUUAGUGUAGAAUUCAAAUAAAUAGAAGUUAAGAGUUACAGAAACUUCUCAUAAACAGCGUGUGUAUAAAGAGACAGUAGCCAGGAGUGAAUCUAUGAGACACUCCAGUACUUUUCAGAUUCAUUAAAAUACAAUAAUAACCAUACACUGAAUCAGUAGUUCUCAAAAUGUGCUCUGCAGACGAGUGGCUUCAGCAUCACUGGGAAAAGGUUAGAACUGAAAACUUUUGAGCCCCACACCAGAACUGCUUAAUACUUGUUAAAACUUGGAGAGUUAACCAGUUUCAACAAGUCCAUCAGAAGAUUAUGAUGUCUGCUAAAGUAUGAGAACAAGGUCACUAAAUAAAACUAUCAGUAGCAUUGUAUGCAAUUUAAAUGAUGCUGUUUAAUUUCCAUUCACUUUUGAACCCUUGUUAGUUGGAAAUUUUUCAGUAUAUUCCCUCACUGACAAUUUCAGGGAAGUGACUAAAAAUUCUUUUGCUUAGUUUUAGAUUUUUUGAGACUAAGGUAGAUUCUCUCCUCUUGUAUCUAAUUCUCCAGAAAUUCAGUUUCUUUGUUUUAUGAUUCAGAAUUGUUGACUUCGGCCUAAGUCCUAUUGUCAUCCCCCAAAAGUACAACCACUCAGAAUGCUUGGGGUGAGUAGGGAUACCCUUGUGUUAAAAAAAAAAAUUAAUUUACUUUAAAUUGUUAAGCAGAUUAAAUAUCAUUUGUUGUGCCCAUGAUAACCUCGUCCAAAGAAUGUGUAUUAGUCUGCCAGGGCUGCCAUAAUAAAUACCCCAGACUAGGUGGUUUGAAAAAACAAGUUUAUUUUCUCACAGUUCUAGAGGCUGAAGUCCAAGAUCAAGGUGUUGGCAGCUUUAAUUUCUCCUGAGACCUCUCUCUGGUUUGCAGAAAGCAGCCUUCUCACUUUGUCUUCCCAUGGCCUUUCGCCUGGGUACGUGUGCAUCUCUGGUGUCUCUUCCUCUUGUAAGGACACCAGUCAUACUGGGUUAGGGCCCCACCCUUAUGACCUCUAUCAUAAUUGCCUCUUUAAAGGCUCUAUCUCCAAAUACUGUCAUCUUGGAGGGUUAGGGUGUCAACAAAUGAACUUAGGAGUCCAAAGGAAGACAGUCCAUGGCAUGUGAUUGCCCAGUUUAUAUACCUCCUUUCCAGGCACAAAAGUAUCAUUACGGGCUCACAGUGCAAAUGUCAAUAGCUCUACUCUUUCAUCUGAUUUUUUUUUCUUUUACUUUAUUCUAAAAAUUAAAUCAACGUUGUAGCAAACCAAGUGAAAAGUUGCUCAAAAUGUAUUCAUCUAAUCAUUUCAGUGUGUUUUCAUUGAACAAAUCUUUGCUGAAUGAAUGAAAUCAUUCAUGUUGUUUUGACCUCGUUCAUGUUUUGCUUUAAUCAGUUUCACUUCACAUUAUACCAUAGAUCUGUAUCAGUUUUGCUAGUGUUUUUAUUUUUACCUGCUCUACGUUUCUGUUCCACCCUCAGCCAGUACUGAAGGUAUUGAUGUUAACAAUUUUGGCCACAUGCUUUUCCAUGUUUGGAUAAUGAUGUGCAGGGUAUACACAUAAGCAUUGGUGGAGGGUUUGGGGUGGGGGAAGGGGUGGGGUGAGGAAAGGGAGGGGGUCAUUGCUUUUAAGUGAUAAAAAAAAUAUUUUACAGCAUCCUUUCUCCCCCCCCCUCUGGUUUCCCCUCCUCCUCUCCUAUACUUUCUAGCCUCCAAUUCCUUCUUUUUCUAAUUAACUUUGAUAGAGGUGACAUCGUAACCAAAUAAUUACUUCAAUAAUAAAAGUAAAUGAGUCAUGAUGGAGGGAACUAUAUGAACUAUAUACACAACUGAAUUUACACAGGCAACCACAUAAGAAUUUCAAACAUCCUUAUUCUAUGCACAGUUCUCAAUAGCUGUUUCACACCUUCACUACCAUCCUGGACCUUCUGUUCAAUGCUGGCUCCAGUGAAAUAGGGUGAUCUUACCUUUACCUUACCAAGACAGGUGAGGCGCUUGGGUAUGAUCCUUUGUACCUUCAUACCUGGAAAUGUAUAGUUCAUUAUUAACCAGGAUGUAGUAAGGGAUGGCAUUAUUGAUAACCCAGUGUUACGAGGAAAAUAUAAAUAAAAUCAGAUGCAGUAUUAAAUGAACUUACGAAUUUAGUUAAAUUACAUUUGCUCUUCUACAGAAUUAAUUCAGAAAGGCCAGCUUAAUAUCAGUUCGUGCUUUAGCAAAUAGUUCUUAAGUUUUUCAGUAACCUGGAGCUAGAUUAGUAUCCUUAACCGUAGUUGUGCAUCAAAAACACAUGAGGAGCUCUCUUUACAACAGGUGUCUAGGUCCUAUCAUGUGGAUCCUUAAAAGCCUUUUAAAGUGAGAACUGUUUUGAGAACAUUUGGUAGGUGCUUCCCCAACUUUCAUUUUUCUAAAGAUCACCUGUGGCUCUCCCCUCAGGGACUAAAUUGAGCCUGGCUGAAGCAGGGUGGAGAAAUUUGCUUUUCGCAUUAUUAUAGUUCACAUGAAAAGCUGGGGGUUUCAAUAUGCUAGUGCCCCACACAGCCAUCCAGCAUUCCCAUUUUGGUCUGUGCUCCAGCCAAAGCUGCACUCAAAUAUUUUCAGUCCUUAAUUUACUGGAUUUCAUUCUCUCUUCUGAGUGGUUAAGAGUGCAAGCUCUAGAACCAGACUGCCCGUGUGCAGAUCCUGGCUCAGCUACUUACUGUGUGUUGAUCUUGAGUGAACUCUAACUCUUCUGGAUCUCUUCAUCUAUAAAAUAGCUUUGCACUAAAGACUACCUUAUGUGAUUCUUUUAAAAGAUUAAAAGGGUUUCUACAUAUAAAAAAACUUGGAAAAUGUCUGCCACAAAUUAAGUGUCCAAUAAUUGUCAGCCAUUCUGUACCUUCACUGUUGCCUUCUGAUUUUCAGAAUCUGCCUUCCUGAGACAGGCUUCUUUGGACUGCUCUCAUUCCUGUCUGCAUUCUUCCACAUUUUCUUUUCUUUCUACUCCUUAAAUAUCAGUGUCCUCAAGGUUCUUUAUUUGGCACCCUUCUAACUCUUCACCUUUCCUGGAUGGUCAUAUUUACUAGUUUGACUUUCUGUAAUGCCCACAUGCUUGCGACUCAAAAGUUGGUAUUUAUAACUAAACCUCUGUUGUUCAUUUUAGACCCAUAUAUACGUCCAGUUGUCUGUUCCACAUAGACACUUGGAUGUUUCACAGGCACUUUAAGCUCUGCACAUCCAAAACUGAGUUCACCACUUCUCAAACCUGGUUCUCUUUUAUUCUCUUUGUGAAUGAUACAAUAAUCCAGAAGUGAGAAAUUAUUCUCAAUUCUGCUUUUAUUUCCCAUUGAUUACCAAGUGUCCAGAGGUCAAGUUUGAAAUCCUUUGCUCACGCAUCCCUUCACUGCUGCUGUUGGUGAGGUUUCUCAUCUCUUAGUUUGGACAGUUGGACUUCGCCCUGAUUGGCCUCUCCGUCUUUGAUCAUGCCUCUUUAAUCCGUCUUACAUACUUGUUGGCAGAAUAAUUUUUCAAAGAAGUGUUGCAUAUCUCUUCUGUUGCCGGACUGAAUUCCUUUAGAGGGAGAUAGUAGCUCCUGUUUUUGUAACCUAGUACCUGUUAAAUAUCUGGCAAUUUAAUAAAGGUGCAGGUCAUCUGGCCCUUCAGUCACCUUAGACCUGCAUGGUCCAGUAAGACAGCCACUAGCCACAUGUGGCUAUUUAAAUUUAAACCAAAUAAAAUGAGUUAGUCAUACUAACCGUAUUUCAAAUGUUUAAUAGCCACAUGUGACUAUUGGCCUCCAUAUUGGACAACACGUUUUAGAACAUUUCUAUUAUCGCAGAAAUCUCCAUUGGACAGAGUUGCCUCAGGCCCUUGCUCAGUAUGGACAUCUUCCUCUAUUAACCCCCCUGGAACAUACAAACACCCUCCAAAGUGCUAACCUGAGGAAACUGGCCUUCAGCAUUUGUCUCCUUAUCUUGAUCCUGCCGUUAACCACUUUACUACAUCUGCUCUUUAGAGAGCACCUCUACCAGCAGGUGUCCGAUCAGAGCCCACACACGAUACUUUGACAAAGACGUGAUAGGAGCAUAAAAGGGUAACCCAGAGUGCCUGCAGGAUGCACCUACUAUUGCUAGGGGUAGGGAAACAAAAAGGGAAAAAUUGGGGUUACCAGAAACUUGGAGCUUCAAACAAAGGGUCCUCACCUCUGAGGAGGGGCACCCCCAAGUGCUCUUGCUACGUCUGAGGGAUGCAGUGAAGGUAGUUCUAGAAGUUCUAAAAGUAAUGGAAGACUGGAAUCAACUGAAAUUAUUAGGUCAACACUGGUAGGAUUGGCAAGCAAGGACAAAGAAGUAAAUCUUGUUUCCUCUUUCUACCUCCCAACCUCCCUAUGGUACUUACUGGCAGAACCUAAAUGGAACGCAGUAAAGAAGUCAGGAAAAUGCAGUUUGCAGAGUCCCAGCCCCAGCAUCACAGAGCAGAGGAUAAAAGGGUGGAGCUGGAGCUGAGAGACAGUAGGUACACCCUAGUUUCCUCUCAAAUUUCCUUUUUAUCCAAAUGUGUUAAUCUUUACAAUGCUAAAUAUUCAGGAAUGUGUUGGUAAACUAUGAGACCUCAAGCAUAAAUGCACUAGUUCUGACUGAAAUUGGUUUUUUUUCUUAAUCAAAUGAGACCUUUCAGUGAUGCUAUUUAAUGCUUUAUGUUUAAAAUCAGCAGUGGAGGGAUGUAUAUAUAACAUGAAUUCGUGCCUGUUCAUUCAUGCAUUCAUUACCUGUGCGUCAUAUGCCACACUCUCUGCCAAGUAGUUUGUUAUAAAAAAAAAAAAAAAAAAAUUCACAUAAUUAGACAAAAGUAAUAAUCCACCCAAAUUCAUCUGUCAACCCGGAGUUAGACAUGACAUUUUUGUGUUGAUGCCUCUUGACAUCUUCCUGUGCAUGUGCACAUAUACAUACACACACACGUAACUAUAGCUAAAUGAUUUUCAUUUUAAAAAACUUAAAAUGUAGUAAAUGUAGACACAGUUUCAAGAAAGUAUAUAAAUAUCUCUCUUACUGCUCUACAUUAUUUGAUUAUAAGAAGAUGUACAAUAUUCAUGGACAUACACCAUAGGCUGCUAUUUACAUCGUUGUGUGUAUUAACUUUUAUCCCUUUUGUCUUUCUGCUAAAUUUGAGGAUGUAUAGUUUCUGCCUUGAGUUACUGAGUUUACAGAUUUAAACUUUUGAGCUAAAUUGUCAAACUGUCCUUUGCAAGCUAUUCCAGUUACACUGCCACCAAUAGUUCAUGAGUGUGUGUUUCUUCACAGGUUCAACAACAUAGAAUAUUAUCAGGGACUGCCAAGAAUUUAUUGUAUAUUUUUAUUUUUAGUGAGAGUGAAUGUAGUUCAAUAUGUUAAUGGCUGUUUGUAUUUAUUGUUUAACUACUUGCUUAUGUAUGCUCUUUGCACUUUUUCGGUUGGGUGUUCGUGUCUAUGAAUUUACAGGAGCUCAUAUUAGGAAUCACUAAAUUCUUUAUAAACACUGCAGAUUUUUUCUUUCAUUUAUUUUAAGCUUCCUUAUAAUAUUUUUAUAACUUUAUUUUUAUGUAAUCAGAUCUGUUGACUUGCUUUAUAUAUUCUGCUUUGGUAUCAUGUUUAGAAAGAAUUUUCCCUGUUCAAAAUUAUAAUACUCAUCCAUGUUUUCUUCUGAUAUUUUUAUGAGUUUGUUUUUAUGUCAGUCUUUAAUGCAGUUGGAAAUUAUAUUAAGGGGUGAGGUAAAGAUUCACAAAUUUCUGCCAAGAUUAUCUAGUUGUCUAUAAAAUAUUUCUUCUUUUCCCUUACUGAUCUAAAUGUAACCUUCACUAGAUAAUAAAUUUUUGUUUGAUAUUCACA